CCCAACAAGAAGACGCUGUGUCGUCACUUCCUCCAGAAUAUUUUCAACAUGGAGUCGUGCGGUUUGAAGUUGAGUUUCUGGGAGAGUGGACCAAAGCCCGGACAGCUGUAUUCCAUCGCCGGCGGCAGCAGCAGUGGUCUUAGUGCAGCAUGCGGGCCGGUCAGACACACACUAAACCCGAUGGUAACGGGGACGUCGGUGCUUGGUGUGAAGUUCACCGGCGGCGUCAUCAUCGCAGCAGACAUGUUGGGUUCAUAUGGCUCUCUGGCUCGAUUCAGGAACAUCUCCCGCCUCAUGAAGGUGAACAACACCACCAUCCUCGGAGCUUCAGGAGAUUACGCUGACUACCAGUAUCUCAAACAGGUCAUCGAACAGAUGGUGAUCGACGAGGAGCUGCUGGGGGACGGUCACAGCUACAGUCCAAAGGCCGUCCACUCCUGGCUGACCAGAGUGAUGUACAACCGUCGCAGCAAGAUGAAUCCUCUGUGGAACACUGUGGUCAUCGGGGGGUUCUACAACGGGGAGAGUUUCCUCGGUUACGUGGACAAGCUGGGCGUGGCCUACGAGGCUCCCACUGUGGCCACUGGCUUUGGAGCAUACCUGGCUCAGCCCCUGAUGAGGGAGGUGAUGGAGAACAAGGUGGAGAUCACCAAACAGGAGGCUCGGGACCUGGUGGAGCGCUGCCUCAAAGUGCUGUACUACAGAGACGCUCGCUCCUACAACAGGCAUGAGAUCGCGAUAGUAACAGAGGAGGGUGUGGAGAUUAUCGGUCCUCUGUCCUCUGAAACCAACUGGGACAUCGCUCACAUGGUCAGUGGGUUUGAAUGAAAACGAGCUGCAAUCGAUGAAGCCUCGUUGUUUUUCUGCUGCAUCUAAAACAACGGCCCACGUGCAGAUCGUCUAUCCCAGUGCAGUUUUUUUUCCUCAUGUACUGUCACUUUUGUAUAAUGGAAAAUAAAUGUGAUAAGAGU